AUGCUAACCACAGACAAAACUCUACUAUCUAUGAGAAAGAAAAUUAGAACCAAAGCAGAAGUGGAUGAAAAUGGGAAAAGGGAAUAUGCUGCAGGGGAUUUGGGCUCGCGGUUGCCGGGGGUGCUUGUCACGGUGGCCACUAAAGGUGCGGGGAGGAGGCUUGCAGCAGCGGUCGCCGAGGCGAAGUGGCGAGGUGAGGGUGACGUUCUGGGUUUGCCGCGAAGGUUUUUGCAGAGGCGAGUGGGGGCUCGCGGGUUUGCUGAAAUAAGAAUAGGGAGGAGAGGAUGA